AUGACCUCUUUCCGCUUCCUCGAUCUCCCCCGCGAGAUUCGCGACAAAAUAUAUGGCAUCCUGCUGUGCACAUUCCCGCGUCCCGAAUCUAUCACGCAGGGGACGAUGCUUUCGAAGAAAGACUUCAGCCCAAGUAUCCUACGCGCCAACAAACAGAUCUACGCCGAAAGCUAUGAUUCCAUGAUAAAGUGCAAUCGGUUCAUGCUCGUGUCUUCGACUGGCGGUCUACAUCUCGCCAACAUGCUCAAGGGCAACUGCGUUCCCACGCUGGCUUUCGACCUGGACGACGGCACUAAGAGGAAGAAGAAAAGCGGAAAAGAGGUCAUUAAGCCCAUAACACAAAUUUUCCGGGGCUACGCUUUGCAUAUCACCAUAGGGAACAGCAAUGUCCGGUGA